CACGAGAAGCACCUCGCCCGGCCCUGACGCUAACGCAAGCCAAAGCGAGGCGGCACGGCUCGUCAUUCUAGCCACGCACACCCGCAGCGAGGCUCGAUGCAGCAUGCAUUGGUGCUGCGUGCCGAAUAGGCAGGCCUCAUGAGUGAGUUGAUAGGCGACGGCGGGACGGGUGCGGCAGAAGAGUGAAGUCGCCGCCUCCUAAGAGAACAGGCCGUCGGCGGCUCCCUUAUAGGCAUGCUUGCACGCCCUCGUCUCGCCGAGCAGCGCUUCCCUUCUCACCACCCACUCCGUCCCUUUUUGCUCCCCCCCCUUGACGUGGCCUUCGCUUCGCUGCUGCGGCUCGCUUCCUUCCCCGCGCUCCUCGAGGCAGGCCUACUUUCCUAGUCGUGCGCCUCGCCGCAUCACCCACCACUCUCUUUUCCCUCUCUUUCUCGCCAUGCGUCUCAGCCUCUUCGUGCUCGCCGCAGCUUCACUGCUGGCGACAGGCGCCUCGAGCCUGUCCAUCCCGAGCACGCGCCCGCUGGACACGCGUGCCGCCGAGCCGUUGACAACGGUCGACACGACGAGCGGGCGCGCGCAGGGCGUGUAUCUGGCCGACUCGCGCGUGUACCGCUGGCUCGGCAUCCCUUACGGCGAGGACACGGGCGGUGCGGCACGCUUCACGCCCUCGGUGCUGGCUGCGCGCCGCGAGGGAGUCAUCGACGCCUCCCAGGCGGCCUUCUCGUGCCCCUCGGUGCAGAGCGCGUCCAGCUACGCCAAGCUCGCCUUUACAGGGCAGCAGAUCGACCCGCCCAGCCGCUGGUCGGAGGACUGCCUGCGCGUCAACAUCUGGGUGCCCGAGUCGGCUCGCAAGGGCACCGGCGGCAGCAAGGCCAUCCUGCUCUGGGUCUACGGCGGCUCGCACAACACCGGCACGGCGACCAUUCCCCUGUACAACGGCGCUAACCUCGCGCAGAACGAGGACGUCAUCGUCAUCACGUUCGCGUACCGGCACUCCAUCUUCGCCAACCCGCUCUCCGACUAUGUCACCAAGCAGAACAGCGAGAAGGGCUGGAAUUUCGGCCUGCGCGAUCUGGACCUCGUGCUCGAGUGGACCCAGAAGAACGCAGCGCAGUUCGGCGGCGACGCCGACCGCAUCACGCUCUUCGGCGGCUCGUCUGGCUCGACGAUGAUUGACGCAUACAGCUUCUCGCACUACAACAAGCCCUCGCGUGCCGCCGGCCUCAUCAUCUCGUCCGGCGCCGUUGCCGGACUGGAGAUCGCCACGGGCACCAAGUCGAUCGGCAACUUCGGCCGUCCCUUCUCGGAGUGGAACACCGUCGCCGAUGCCGUUGGCUGCGGCAAGGCGAACGAUCAGAAGCAGUUCAAGUGCAUGCAGCAGGUGCCCAUGCUCACUCUUGUCGACGCCGUCGUCGCUGCGAAUGCCCGAGACAACAAGAUCCAGUUCGGCCCGACGCCUGACGGCCAGACGUGGUUCGCCAACUACGCGACGCGCAGCAACCUCGGCCUCUUUGCGAAGGUGCCGACGCUCAUCGGCUCCAACUCUGACGAGGCGACGCUGUUCGCCGAUAGCCCCUCUAAUACGGCCGUCGUCGUGCUGAGCAACCUGGCCUUCACGCCGCUGCUGUGGACGUGCCCGGCGCUGGCCGGUGCCGCCGACCGUGCUCGCGCCGGUGUGCCGACGUGGCGCUACCUCUACAAGGGCGCAUGGGAGGACUUCACGCAAGGCUACCCCGCGCUCGGCAGCUACCACUUCGCCGAGUGCCCGAUGCUCUUCGGCACGUUUCCUGCGCACUAUCUCGGCGAUCCCUCGCACGCCGUCACGAUCCCUCAAGCACAGAACGACGUCUCGCGCUGGAUGCAGGGCGCCUGGGCUGCCUUUGCACGCGAUCCGCAGAACGGCCUGACGCAGAUGGGCUGGCAGCAGUACGACAACAACCUCCUCGGCAGCCGCCUGGCUGUCAUCGCCGAUGGCAACAAGGCGAACGUGACGUACAGCCGGAGCACCGUCAUCGACCAGGCCGGCUGCUCGCUUGAGGUGCCGGUCAGCGGCGUGCUGGUCGGCGUGCAGCAGAACAUCGCCUCGCUCUGGUAGCUGCCACCUCUUCCCUCUCUAGCUCUCGCAUUCGCCACGUCGCGCCGGUCUCGUCGUCUCCACACAGUCACCAUCGAAUAUAUGCUUGCCGCGGAGUCGUGUAGCUGGCCGGAUCAGAGCUUGCCUAGCCGGGUGGCGCCGUCCAGCCGGAUGAAGGAGCCAUUCUAGAAGCGGCGUGAGCUGAGGGAUCCGCCGCCGAAGCGCAGCACUCACCAGCAUCGGGUUCUCGAUGCACGCAAUGACGGCGUGCCCGAACUCUUCCGGCUCGCCGAAGCGCACCUUGCAG